AGAGAGCUCAUUGCGGGUUUGGGCAUCGCAGAUCUGACAGAGCGUGGACUGGCUCGGGACGUCUCACAGCCAACUAUACCUUACGGCUGUUGUCGAUGUCGGUGACGCAGUUAUUAGACGGGGAUCUAGGUCUGAGCAGCCCGGGACAAUCCCUCAGAUUAUCGCUUGACCCGCAGGAUUUGUUGAAGAGGCACCUGAUUCACCGGGAGCGAUACGUCGAGUGAGAGCAGGAAGAAUGAUCUAGAUUUAUAUUUAUGUUCCACUGGGACAUUUUCCACUAGCUUCUCCAUCUCUCAUGUGGAUAAGGAUCGGAUGCCUUUUACGCAUGCAUAACUCCUGGACGCGGUGCUUUAGAGGAGCCCUCUUUAAGUGACCAAAGUGGAUCCAUGGCAGCUUUUACGCAUGACUCGAUAUCACCGCUUGAGAAACUUUUGGGGGGAAUCUGCAUUUCUCAGUACUCUUCUUAGAUCCGAUAAUGUGUGGUAUUCCUGCUGCCGGUGGAAUCGUAAUCCCCCCCUGAUUACCGCGCACAGAUGGAUUUCGUCGUGCCUGCCAGCCGGCUGACUCCAGGGCCUAGACUCGUUAUUUUAACCGCUAUCAGUGCGUCUUGAUUGGCGAAUUGAAGCCACAGGCUAGUCAAGCAUAAAUCUGGGCCCACAGCGUUGCCCACCGGUGCCAAAAUGAGGAGAGUUGUACUGAAAGAAGCCGCCAAACGAUUCCCCUGGCUGGCCAAUGUCACUCUGUACGGGUGCUUAUUCGCCGGCGGUGACAUGGUCCAUCAGCUCAUAGCUCAGGAGGAGCGCAUGGACUGGAAACACACUCGCGACGUGGCAAUUGUGGCAAUCAGUUUCCAUGGAAACUUCAAUUACUUCUGGCUGCGAGCCCUGGAGAGGCGUUUCCCCGGAAAGUCCGCCGGGAUGGUUUUCCGCAAACUCCUGCUGGACCAAAGCUUCGCGUCGCCUUUGGCCACCAGUGUCUUCUACACAGGUGUGAGCUUCUUGGAGGGAAAGGAGGACAUAUUGGAAGACUGGAGAGAGAAGUUCUUUAACACCUGGAAGGUAAGCAAGGCCUCGGCUGCAUCAAGGGAAGGAAGUCACCCUCCACUCCACACAGUCACUGCUGCGAGCUCCCAACCAGAUUAACCUAGAUUGGGCCUUUGCUGCUUUUGCGCAG